UCAUUUUCCUCAGGCGCUGGCGGAUGGCCGUGAUGAGACUUUGCUAAGCACGAACGAGACAGCUGGAAAAGAAAUAGUUUCUGUUAAGAAUAACGCAACACAAAACUUCGUGUUCCAUUUUACCUUCAGUUCAUACCGUAACACCUUCAGCUGCUCUUCACCGAAGCACAUCGAGAGAUCCGAGUUCUGUUUCAAAGAUGGGAAUUUGUUUGUCAUGGAAACUGAUAGUUGCGUCGAUUCUUUGUUUGACAAUAAGUUUGGCUUCUUCGGAAUUGCCCGAUCCUUUAACCGAUCCCGCCUCGUCUGAGCCUCGCGAGGAUAAACCGCCGAUUAAAAUUUCCUCCGUGCAAUUCGAGUCUGUUUGUGUCAACAUUUACGACAGUCAAAUAACUUCAAACAACAAGAAAAUCUAUUUCUACUCGCCGAUGGCUCUGCUAAAUCACAAGAAUGUCGUUUCCAUUCACAAUCAAACGGUCACACAGGGAAUUCUCAGUGUCAGUUUUACAAUUUGGAAUCAAGAAGUCAGAAACAAAGUGGUCCAACACCUUUCCCAGCUCCUCAGUCAACAGAUCGAGCCCAGUCACGUGAAAGUCCUUCCUUUCGACAGUGUCAGGCUGACCAGCAAAGUGCAAUCUCCUGAUUUCUCACUGACCAAUGAGUGGCGCCUGUAUGACAAUCAGCCGUCACUCAGGUUUACCUUGAUCUGCCCGACACGGAAAGAUUGCGGUCGAGUGAAGACUCAAAUGCUCGAAUUUCCUAAGCAAUUUGAACAUUUGCAACUUGAAUUUGAUCGUAAAUUGAACGACGAUGUUUGUGUCAAUGAUGAUGGGGUUAUAUCUGAAGAAAAUAAAUUGCAAGCACAAGACAACAAAGAAACAAUGAAAAAUGUCGAAGUCAAUUUUGCGAAAGAGCUAAUCGCCAUUAGGGAAGAAACUAAAAAGGAAUUUGCAGCAAUUUCACAGAUGUUUUCAGAUAAAAUUAAAGUCACUGAAGAAAAUCUCGCAGUGGUACAACAAAAGUUGGAAAUUACCCAAAAAGAGUUGGAUGCCACCAAAACAUUAUUGACCUCAACUAGGAUCGAAUUGAGUCAAACGAAAUCCACCGUCGAUGAUCAGGCGAGAAAAUUAAACGCAAAUUCGCAACGGUUGAAUGAACUAAAAGAUACCGAAGACAAUCUGAGAAAAGAACUGGGCGCAACCUUAAAUCUUUUGGAAACCACAACAACAAAUUUGGCCUCAACAACAUCGAGGACAAAUGCGGUCAUUGCCGAUUUGACAACAAAAUUAAAUGCCCGAACGAGUGAAAUAGUUGACAUUGGUAAAAUGCCAACAUCGUGUGCGGAUCUACAGCGGACGGGACAUAAACUGAGCGGAUUCUUUUCUGUCAAAGGAGCGAAGAAGAUGGAAAUGAUUUACUGCAAUUUUAAUGCCAAUCAAAAUGACCAACAGAAAUGGAUCGGAUACUCCGACGUCAAAUCAGCGCCCGUCCAUUUCCACGUCACGAGAAAUUCUUCAUUUAACGAAACAUUCACUCCGAUUCUGUUCGAUUUGGCGGUAGUGAACGAGGGAAACGCCAUGGAUUUGACAUCGGGGAUAUUCACGGCACCGCGACCGGGAAUGUAUUCUUUCUCUUUCGCGGGAGUGGCGCAUCUCACAUCUUCAUCUUUUGCUUGGUUUUAUUCUGAUCUUUUUUUGAACGGAAAUCGAAUCGGGUCGAGUCAUGUUGAAGAGAGAAACGGCCCCGUUGAUCAAUGGAGUCCGAUGACCCUCCAGUCGACGCUGAACUUGAAAAAAGGCGAUCGAGUCUGGGUGCAGUUUACUUAUUCUGGUUCGUAUUUGUCCUCGUAUUUGUCUGACAGCAGUUCCCACUUUACCCAUUUCACGGGUUUCAUGUUGGAGGAGGAAAUUGCGGCGUCCCUUUGAGGUUCAACUUCAUCGGCGACACGAAACAUUUUCGACCAUUUUUGUUUAAUGUCGACACGAAAUUUUGGGGAUGGGAAUUUUUAGGGGGAAGGGAAAGAUAAUUCGAUCGACUCUUAUUCAUUUAGGGGUAGCCAUUUCUGUACCAAAAUUUGACUGUGCAAUCAUUGAAUACACACACUUCAAGUUUC